AUGGAGGCGGUUUCCGCAGCCGCCAGUGUCGCGGGCCUGUUGUCCGUCGCAGGCCAUGUCCUCAAUGGACUUGUUAAGCUCAAUGGCUUCAUCCAAGACCUGAAGGAAGCAGAUGAGCGUGCGCAACGGCUGACGGCGGAAGCCCAUCUUCUCUCUCAGACACUCCUUGACUUCAAGUCUCUGCUCAAUACGUUAGACGAAAAGGCGCUCGAUGCGAACCGGCCAUUUUGGGUUCAGCACUUUGCCAUUUUCUGUUCCCGUCUCAAGGAUUGCAAUCACGACCUAGAUACCUGGACUGAAUCGCAUCGAACUGGAGAUGGAUCAUCCUCAAAGCGCCGCAAGAUCAUGGAUGGGAUGACGAAUAAGAAAGGCAGGGAUAUUUCUGAGAUGGAGUCUAAACUGGCGCGUCACCGGUCGCAAAUUGUUCUCGAUAUGAACACCAUUAAUACGUGA